AUGCCGCCUUUAUACCUCCGUCAAGAAUUCCCCACCCUCAAAGCCUUCAAAGAGGCUCUCCAUGCCUGGGCCAUCGAGGCGCAUUUCGAGCCACGCAUCUUAAAGUCAGAUACCGGUCGUGUUCGAGUAGGCUGCAAACGCGAUCCUAACUGCCCCUUCGUCAUCCGCUGCAACUGGGAGCGCAAAGGGGGCAGGGAACCCCUCGCACGCGUCACGGUCCUCAGGGAGAGACACACAUGUCUGAACGGGUUGGAAUGGCGGCCUGGAGGCGUGGGAGGUAUUGGAAAUGGCAUUCCUAGCACGGUUCCUGGUUCGAUUGGCGGACCAGCCAACAUGAUCGGUACGCCUGGUGGGAUGAAUGGGCUUGGUGGACCAGGUGGACAACACCAAACGCCUGGACUGGAGAUCCGUCAAGAUGCAGAGGGCAAUAUCAUGGGAGGCGCGCGCAUUCUUGGACCCAUCUCUCCGCGACAGAAUCCCAAUAAUGCCUCUCCGACUGCGACACUCAUUCCUGUCCUACCUAAGGUGCAGCGGAACUCUGCGAGUCGGCUGCCGUUCUUGAUGGAAAUUUUGCCUCGAUUAAUGAGAAUUGAUAAGGAUACUACACCAGUGGAGAUCAGGGAGUGUUUGCUCAGAGAGUAUGGUGCAGAAGUUCAUCUUCAGCAGUGCAGAAGGGCAAAGACUGAGAUCCUGAAGAAGAGAGCUGAGCAAGGCGAAAACGAGAACCAAGGUGUAGAGGGCGGUGGCAGUUUAGACGGCAUGGGAAGUCAAGACGGAGAGGCUAGUAACAACCUUUUCGGAGGGGACCUUCAUUCGACGCCAAAUCAAAACAAUUCCAGAGUAAACGGAGGGCCUAGCAUGAACGGGAACCCUGGUCCCAGUGGUCCUGUUGGAGGCCCAGGCCCUGAUCAAGAUUUCCAGCUUCACACUGCUAGUGGAGUGGUUAUUCCUCAGGUUCCUAGACGCAGCGAGGCGGCUUUGAGUGCGGUGAGUGAGCAGGCGGUCAGAUGCCCAUUCUGUAUUAAUCAUCGCUGGAUGAGGACCGUGAAAGAAGCUGUGGAGCACAUGAGCAUGCAUGUUGUGGUUUCAUGA